CCCCGGGCACCCAGCCCGGUUCCCGCCGCCCCUCCCCCGGCGCUGGGCUCCCCGCGGCGUCCGGGGCGGGGCCGCUCUCGGCUGUGCUCCUGGCCCCGAGCUGACCCGCCCACCUCACAGGCGACCGGGCCCGGCCUCCCUGAGGAGGCGGCGGCCUGGAGGCGCUGGGUCGCGACGCGGGACUGGGGCGGGGGCGGGAGCGCGGCUGGACCUUCCCGCCUUCCCGGAGCCGCGCCUCGGUGGAGGGAGGAGGAGGACCCCGAGGGCCCAGAGAAGGGCAGUCCGGGAAACGGGGCGGCUGGUGGAGGGAGAUCCUCGGUCCUGGGCUUUAAGUAGCGGGUCCCUGACAGGUGCCUGUUCUCCUGCCUUUGGGUGACCGAGGUAGCUUUUCCUGACUGGCUCAAUUGUCAGAUAUGUCUUUGCAGGACUCCACUCUUUCCAGAGAGGGGAGCCCCAAGGAAGAGAUUAUGGCUGCUGUGGUUUUUUCAGUUGGACCUCUGAGUCCUGAAGUUUCCCAGCCAGAUGAAGAUCUUCACCUUCAGACAGAAGAACCAGAACUGGUAAAGGAAUUAGUGACAUUUAAAGAUGUGGCUAUAGACUUCACCUUGGAAGAGUGGAGGUUGAUGGAUCCAACACAGAGGAACUUGCACAAGGAUGUGAUGCUAGAGAAUUAUAGGAAUCUUGUUUCCUUGGGGCUUGCAGUUUCCAAACCAGACAUGAUAUCUCAUUUGGAAGAUGGAAAAGGACCAUGGGUGGUAGUGAGAGAAAUUUCAAGAACCCCCUACCCAGAGUUGGAGACCAAACCUAUAACCAAGAAUGCUAUUCCAACAGAGGAUGCGUCCGAAGAACAGUUACCACUGGAGACCAUAGGAGAGAAACUGACAGAGAAUGGUCUAUGUGACACCAGAAUCGGAGGAUUAUGGAAAUGGAAUGACAGGGUAUUGAGAUUGCAAAAUAGUCAGGAGAGUCAUUUGAGUCAAAGAAUAAUUACACACAAGAAAAUUCCCACUAUUCAGAAAGGCUUUAGAUUUGAAUCUGUUCUUUUUCCAGAACCAGGAGGUGUCACAGAAGAACCCCACAGCAAAUACCAAACAAGUGAGGAAAAUUUUACGAGUAAUUUAGAUUUGAUUACGGAUACCCAUUUGGGGGCGAAAAUUUUCAAGGAUACAGAAGGCAGCAAAGUUGUAAGCCCUGCUUCAGAACUCACUUUAGGGGAAAAGACCAGUAAUAAAGAAAAACCCUAUAUGUGUAGUACAUGUGAAAAGGCCUUCCGUUACAGAUCAUUACUCAUUCAACAUCAGAGAACUCACACUAAAGAAAAACCUUAUGAAUGUAGUGAAUGUGGGAAAAUGUUCAGCCAGCCUUCAUAUCUUAGUCAACAUAAAAAAAUUCACACUGGAGAAAAACCCUAUAAAUGUAAUGAAUGUGGAAAGGCCUUCAUUGCUUCUUCAUCACUUAUGGUACAUCAGAGAAUUCAUACUAAGGAGAAACCUUAUCAGUGCAAUGUCUGUGGAAAAUCUUUUAGCCAGUGUGCCCGCCUUAAUCAACACCAGAGAAUUCAAACUGGAGAGAAGCCCUAUAAAUGUAGUGAGUGCGGGAAAGCUUUUAGUGAUAAAUCAAAACUUGCACGACAUCAGGAAACUCACAAUGGAGAGAAACCCUACAAAUGUAAUGAUUGUGGGAAAGCUUUUAGGAAUAAGUCAUAUCUUAGUGUACAUCAGAAGACCCAUACUGAGGAGAAACCAUAUAAAUGCAAUGAGUGUGGGAAAUCUUUCAAGAAUACCACAAUUUUUAAUGUUCAUCAGAGAAUUCAUACUGGAGAGAAACCCUUUAGAUGUAAUGAAUGUGGAAAAGCCUAUAGAAGUAAUUCAAGCCUUAUUGUACAUAUAAGAACUCAUACUGGGGAAAAACCCUAUGAAUGUAAUGAAUGUGGGAAAGCUUUCAAUCGUAUAGCAAAUUUCACAGAACAUCAGAGGAUUCACACAGGAGAAAAACCCUAUAAAUGUAAUGAAUGUGGGAAAGCAUUCAUUAAUUAUUCAUGUCUUACUGUACACCACAGAAUGCAUACAGGAGAGAAACCAUAUGAAUGUAAUGAAUGUGGAAAGGCCUUCAUGCGUUCUUCAUCUCUAAUUAUACAUCAGCGAAUUCAUACUGAAGAGAAACCUUACCUCUGUAAUGAAUGUGGGGAAUCUUUCAGAAUAAAAUCACACUUAACUGUACAUCAGAGGAUUCAUACUGGGGAGAAACCAUAUAAGUGUACUGACUGUGAGAGGGCAUUUACCAAAAUGGUAAAUCUCAAAGAGCAUCAGAAAAUUCAUAGUGGUGUGAAACCCUACCACUGCUAUGAUUGUGGAAAAUCCUUCAGGACUAAGUCAUACCUUAUUGUACAUCAAAGGACCCAUACUGGAGAAAAACCCUACAAAUGUGAUGAGUGUGAGAAAGCUUUCACUAACACUUCACAGCUUACUGUCCACCGAAGACGGCACACAGGAGAAAAACCCUAUACAUGUAAGGAAUGUGGGAAGGUUUUCACAAGUAACUCAGGCUUUAAUACUCAUCAAAGGACACAUACUGGGGAGAAACCAUUUAAAUGUAAUGACUGUGGCAAAGCAUUCAGCCAGAUGGUACAUGUCACAGAACAUCAGAAAAUCCAUAGUGGAGAGAAACCCUAUAAAUGCGAUGUCUGUGGAAAAGCCUUCAGGAGGGGUUCAUACCUUACAGUGCAUUGGAGAACACAUACAGGAGAAAAACCCUAUACAUGUAAGGAAUGUGGAAAAGGCUGUAUUACCCUAUCACAGCUAACUCUACAUCAGAGGAUUCAUACUGGGGAGAGGCCCUACAGGUGUGAAGAAUGUGGGAAAGCCUUUAGAACUAAUUCAGACUUUGCUGUGCAUCUGAGGAUGCACACAGGAGAAAAACCUUAUAAAUGUAAUGAAUGUGCAAAAGCCUUUAGGAGUAGCUCAAGCCUUACUGUACAUCAAAGAAUACAUCAGAGAGAAACUCAGUUAAUAUAGAGAAUAAUAAAUUGUCAUCCAGAGGUGGACUCCACAAGAAUCUUAUAAACUGUUUAAUGCAUUUGGGAAAACAUUCAGGAGCAAUUUGCCAGGAAAUAGCACACUAAAGAGAUACAGGAAUAUGGAAAAGCAAUUGGUCAUUUUAAAUCUUAGAAGUUAUAAGAAAAUUCUUAAUAAAGAAAAGUAAAAUACAAGUGAAAGCCUUCAUCCAAGUUUCAUAUUUUACUCAUUUAACAAAUUAUCUUCAAUGCAUUGCCUGUAUAUAUUUUUGCCUGUCUUCCUAUUGGUUUGUCUAUGUUUCUUAUAAAUCUGGAUGUGCUCUUUAUAUGCUUGAAAUAGUAAUCCUUUGUCAUGUGUUUUACAAAUUUUUUUUAACCUCGUAUUUUUCUUUAUACUUUUUUAUAUAGUAAAAGAUUUUUGUCUUUAAUUUUUAUAGCAAAAUACUUACAUAUUUUAUUUUUUAUAUUCUUGAUUUACCCUUUUAGUUAAAAGGGUUAUACAUAGUCUCCUAAACUUGCUUCUAAGAUUUUGAUAAUUUUAUUUUUUUACAUUGAAGUUUUUAAUCCAUCUGGACUGGAUGGCUAUUCACAGAAGAGCAACUUCAAAUGUAUUAACCUAUGAAAUUAUUAUGAACCUAAAUAGUACUCAGGGAAAGGCAAAUUAAAACAACCAGUGAGAUGUUACUUGCACUUUAAGGAGUUGGCAAAAAUUUAAGAGAUCUUUUGCUAGUGGAGUUUGGCAAACCAUGUACUCUUACAAAAUGGUUACAUUAACUUACAUUUCCAUCAGCAAUUCAGCAAUAUAUAUUUUAACUUUUUUAAUAAAAAUUUUAAAUAAAAACCUUUGACCCAGCAGUCUCACUUUUUGGAGUCUGCCCCACAGAAAUAACAGCAUCAAUGCAAAAAAAAAAUGUAUAAAUAAGGAUGUUUAUUAAAGUACUGCUUAUAGAGACAAGCCCAACUGGAGACAAAGUAAAUGCCAAAUUAAUAGGGGAGUGGGUGAAUAAAUUGUGAUAUAGACAUACCAUGAAACAUGAGAGUAAUUUUUUAAAUGAAUUGUACCUGCACUCUUCAAGAUAUUUCCACAAUUUUUGAUACGUAAUUGCUUUAUUACAUACAUGUAUCUGUAGAAAAUUUCAUUUUUGUUAAAGUAAUGACCACACCCAUUUAUGUAUAUAUGUGUGUAUGUAGUUAAAUGAGAUGGAAACAAGUAUGGAAGAAUAUACACCAGGCUGUAAAUACUGCGUACCUUGAAGGGAGGGAGAAAUGGAGAAGUAGUGAGCUAAGGGGCAGAGGGAAAACUAGGAAAAUAGGAAAAUGUAAGUGCAGUAUGAAUGUUGUAAAACUAUGUAUUUGGUGAACUUUUGAUCACCGUGAAUGAAGGGAUGGUUUCCAGAAAGUUGAUGGCAGUUAAUUUAUAUUUGUUGGAGAAUCUAGUGUUUUUUGUUUGUUUUACUUUUCUGUGCUUUUCUGUUUUUUAGUUUUUCUUUCCAGUGAGCAUGUCAUAUUUAUAUAAACACGAAAAACCUUGUGAGACUUUUAUGGAUACCUGUUAUGUUCUAGGAAUUACUGUAGGUUCUGGAUAUACAUUGGCAGGGCAGGAGUGAUCAUGGAUCUAAGAGCAUGGGAAUUGGCUUUGAUGCCACCUGGAUUCCAAAGAAGUUAUCCAGCACCUUACCACCCUGACCCUCUCAGUUUCAUUUGGAAGAGGUAAUAGAAAUGUCAGGUAGAUGAAAAAUGUAUCCAAGAAUAUCUGGAAUUUGUGUCCAGGUAAUUGACCAGAAGACGUGCAGUUCUCAGAGAUAAGUUCCACUUUCAACAUGGCACCAAAGGAAAGAUCACAAUGAUGAAAAGGUCUCUGUCCAGCCCCACAGCACAUUGCAUAAUGGAGUAUAGAGCGAGAAGCAGCCAAGGACUCCCCAGGCUUGGAAGUUCUGGAAACACUAAAAGUCUGGAGUCAAAAUGGGAACCCAGAGGCUGUGAUCCUGAUACCAGAAGGCCCUAACAGACUGAGGACCUGAUACCUGAAAAGGACAAGGUAUGAUGAGCUACACUUCAGUGGAGACGGAAGGGAAGAAAAUCAAAUACCCCUCCCACAACGCAAGGAUAAGUAUUUAAUAUUGGGAAGUGGGUAUUGGAUAAAUUAUGUGAGCCAUCUCCCGUUUUUAAAUGAAUAAUUUGACAUUGUGGUUAAAAUGACUGUUUCUGGUUGAAUUUUAAUGGUGAAAUUUAUUAACUAUUACCAAGAGAGGUAUCUUUUUUGGACAAAAUGUACCACUUCCUGAUGGGAAAAUUUGAGGAUCUGACCUUGAAAUACUACCCUUAAAAAACUCUACUGUCAGAUAGUCUACAUGAUGAUGCCAACUCUACUGACUGCUCCUUUCAACCUUCAAAUUCUCACCACACCUAAACCCUGUCUCCCAGCCCUGCAUUAGAGCCAAGCAUUUCAAGACAGGAUGGUCAGCAGGUUCAAAUGACGUAAGAACUGAAAAGUGUCCGUUGAGUCAGGGGAUGGAGACGACACAGGGCACCUUUACUAGAGCAGUUUCCAUGGACUGGUAGAGUGCCAAAGCCUGGUUCCACUGUGUAGUGGUACCUCAUUACAGGUUUAAUUUGCAUUUCCUUGCUUUCUAAUGAUGUUUAGUCCCCUUUUAGGUGUUUUUUGGCUUUUUUGAAUAUCCUCUUUUGAGAAAUGCCUGUUCAAGAAUUUUGCCCAUUUUUUAAUUGAUACAUUUCUGUUUAUUUGUAGAAUUCUUUAUAUAUUCUGGUUACAAGAUUUUUUUUAGGCAUUUCUAUUACAAAUAUCAUCUCCCCAUCAGCAGCUUGCCUUUUAGUUCUCUAAAUGAUGUCUUCUGAUGAAUAGAAGUCUUUAACUUUGAUGAGUAUCUCAUCAAUCUUUUCUUUUAUGAUUACUGCUCUUCUGUUCCCAGUUUGAGAAGUCUUUUACUAACUCAGUCAUAAGGAUAUUUUCCUGCAUUUACUUCUGCACAGCUCCUCUUUUACUUUUCACUUUUGGGCUACAAUCCAUCUGAAGCUUAUUUUUGUAUGUGGUGGCGGGGGUAGAGGUCAAAAUUAACAUUUUCCAUGCAGGUAUACAAUCUAUCCAACAUCAUUUAUUAAGAAGACCAUCUUUUCCCCUCCCCCUUGGAUUGCGGUGGUACCCUUGUGAUAAAUCAGAAGGUCAGAUUAUUUGAGAGUCUGUUACUAGACUAUCCUGUUCCAUUGUUCCACUGAACACCAAAUACUUGUAGUGAAAGUGGAUUUAUAGUGAAUCUUGGCAUCUGAUGGUACAUGUCUUCUACUUUUGUUCUUCAAAAUUGUCGCUGUAAUUCUAGAUCCUUGGCAUUUUCAUGUGCAUUCUUAAAUAAGCUAUAAAGCUGCUAAGAAUGGUGUCUUCAAAUCUCCAACUAU